AUGACCCUGCUAGAGCAUCAAGAAAUCCUCACCUCAGCCUACUCCAUUACCAUACAGGAUGUGCCACUACUAAGAAGCCACAUAGAUUCGAAGAUCACAGAACUGUCGCAGGUAGAGUUGUGGAUGAUGGAUGGUUUUGAGUCGACCAAUAACAUUAAGGCAGAUAGUGAUACCAUUCCAUUCACUUCUACUAUGUCUCUGAAAGUGUAUGGAGAACUGUUCCACUUGGUGAAUUUCAAAGCAAAAGCAAAAUGGUGA